AUGAGCUAUUCCAAUACUGUCCCGCAACUGCCGACUCCCGCUCACAUCCAAGCGGACUCGAUGCUGGCCCGACGCUUCGGUAAGGAGACGGUGAACUACUUUGGAGGCUCCCCGUUGAAUCGCCUCUCCUUUCUCCGAACAGACCAUGCCUUCCUCAGUGCUGCCGUGAAGCACCCAUCGACCCGCUUCGUUCUGCUUAAAGACCUGGCACCCUUGAUUAAGGGCCCUAACUCAUUAUACCAUGCCGAAUACAAGGAUGUACAGAAACUCGUACCCCCAACCGUUUUCGAUAAAUCUGAAGAGGAAUUGAUUAAAGAUUUUGACUCGCGCAUCACGAAGCCAGACCUGGUCUUUUUGGGCGUUGACGAAAGCGCGGCGGAUAGUGUGCAGACUGAUGAGAAGCUAUUGCAAUGGACUAUCUAUAAAGGCCGGCCGUACUUUGCGCUGGACGUUAGUGAGAAAGGCACCGAUGAGCAGAAGACUGAGGCCAAAACGGUUGUAGAGGAGCUUGCGGCAAGAGGGAUUACUCCAUUCACUACUCGUCAACAUUUGCUGCAGCCGCCAAAUGACGGCGCUAUCUAUGCCCAGGCGCGUGCUUAUAUGGACUGGAACAACCGCAACAAGUUCUGCGGAACAUGCGGUCAGCCCACUCUCUCCGUCAACGCAGGCACAAAGCGUGCAUGCCCACCCACCGAUAAGGCAUUAGCGGCAGAGGGCAAGAACCCCGAAAAGCAACCCUGUUCAACCCGUACUACCAUCUCCAACCUUUCGUUCCCUCGUACCGACCCCACCAUCAUCGUCGCAACCCUUUCUGCCGACGGUAAGCGACUUUUGCUCGGCCGCUCCAAACGUUUCCCACCAUACUGGUACUCGACUCUGGCCGGGUUCAUUGAGCCAGGUGAGUCUGUCGAGGACGCUGUCCGCCGAGAGGUCUGGGAAGAGGCAGGUGUUACACUCUCUCGAGUCGUCAUCCACUCCACACAMCCCUGGCCAUMCCCCGCCAAUCUCAUGAUUGGCGCCAUUGCGCAAGUCAGUGAUCCAGCGCACGAAACCAUUAACCUGGAACACGACCCUGAGCUGGAAGAUGCCAAGUGGUUCACCAUUGCUGAAGUUGAAGAAGCACUGAAGAACGGUGCGAGUAUGCUCGGCGAACCUCCAAGCAAGGAUUACGUCGAGGGCAACCUGCGACUGCCCCCGGUCACGGCUAUAGCGAACCAAUUGAUACAAGCGGCCAUCAACCAGGAGUAUAUUGGUGACAAGCUUGCCAAGAUGUAG